GGGUGGAGCUGGCACCCUUGCCUUAAGAGCUGAGUGAUAGCCCAUACUAAAGACUGGUUGAGCCAGGUAGGGAAAGCAGCCUAAAGCCCGGGACAGGUACACAGGCCCAGGUCUGUAGGCCACAGCAGCUGCAGUCCUGAAAGGCUGCAACGCCCCGACCUCCAGGAGACACCAGGCCCAGGAUACCUCGCCUGUUCUUGUUCCACCUGCUAGAAUUCUGUUUACUACUGAACCAAUUUUCCAGAGCAGUCGCGGCCAAAUGGAAGGACGACGUUAUUAAAUUAUGCGGCUGCGAAUUAGUUCGCGCGCAGAUUGCCAUUUGCGGCAUGAGCACCUGGAGCAAAAGGUCUCUGAGCCAGGAAGAUGCUCCUCAGACACCUAGACCAGCGGCAGAAAUUGUACCAUCCUUCAUCAACAAAGAUACAGAAACUAUAACUAUCAUGUUGGAAUUCAUUGCUAAUUUGCCACCAGAGCUGAAGGCAGCCCUAUCUGAGAGGCAACCAUCGUUACCAGAGCUACAACAGUAUGUACCUGCAUUAAAGCAUUCCAAUCUUAGCUUUGAAGAAUUUAAGAAACUUAUUCGCAAUAGACAAAGUGAAGCCGCAGACAGCAAUCCUUCAGAAUUAAAAUACUUAGGCUUGGAUACUCAUUCUCAAAAAAAGAGACGACCCUACGUGGCACUGUUUGAGAAAUGUUGCCUAAUUGGUUGUACCAAAAGAUCUCUUGCUAAAUAUUGCUGAGAUGAAGCUAAUUGUGCACAUCUCAUCUAAUUUUCACACAUAGUCUUGAUGACAUUUCACUGAUGCUUCUGUCAGGUCCCACUAAUUAUUAGAAUAUAAGAAAUCUUUAUUAAUGUUUAGAUUUUUCAUUUGGUGUGUAAGAAAAUAUUCUUUGUAUGAUUGUAGUUUCUGUAAAUGACACUUUCUAUGCUGAAGUCUUUUUGUCUUUUUAUUAACAAUAUAAUUGUGUUGUGUUAUUCUUUUUAAUGCUGUUAACUUAAAAUUACAAUAAAACCUUUGCCACUUUAACCAUACAUAAUAACAAUACAGUACCUAACAACAGUUACAUGAAAUGGACCAAAAUGUUUUUAUUGAUAUUAACUCUUAGAUUGGAUAUACAUAAAGCCAUAAAACUUGAACUUUCCUAAUAGAUUUCAAAAGGUUUUUGUUUCAUAUUGAACUACUCGUUGCAAACCAUCAGUUUGGACACUAAACCAAUUUAAUUUAGUUGAAGUCAUAUAAACUAAAGUAUUUUUUUUCCUUUUUAAUUUCUUUUUUUCCUAGCAGAGUCUGAAGGGAACUCAAGUACUUUUCAGGCUCUGGUUCUGUUCUCAGUUCUAGUGUCCAUAAAACUUAAGUUACUUUUUAAGGAGAAAAACGUAUAGACAUAAUGUAGAAGAGAACAAACAUCCAUAUCAUAUAUUACAGAAGAAAUAGUAUAAUGAGGGAAUAUACCUUAUGUUCACUUCUUUAGAAUUUACUAUUUCUGUAAGCAAAAUUACUGAAAUAGUAUGAACACUUGUUAGAAAAGUAAAUUGACAUAGCUAUCAACUUGCUAUUUUAUUGGUUCCAUCUAUGUAUAUACACAUGCAUUUUACCCAGCAUUUAUAGAAGAAAUACAGUUGAAUGACAAGUUAAUCUCCUCCAUCAAAUGUCUGUAAAUUUGAUUUUGUAUUCUGAGAUUUUGCUGAAGUUGCUUAUCAACUUAAGAAGCUUUUGGGCUGAGUCAAUUGGGUUUUCUAGAAAUAGGACCAUGUCAUCUGCAAACAAACACAAUUUGACCUCCUCUCUUCCUAUUCGAAUACCCUUUAUUUCUUUCUCUUGCCUGAUUGACCUGGCUAGAACUUCCAACACUAUGUUGAACAGGAGUGGUGAGAGAGGGCAUCCUUGUCUUGUGCUGGCUUUCGAGGGGAAUGCUUCCAGCUUUUGCCCAUUUAGUAUGCUAUUGGCUGUGGGUUUGUCAUAAAUGGCUCUUAUUUUGAAGUGUGUUCCUUCAAUACUUAGUUUAUUGAGAGUUUUUAACAUGAAGUGAUGUUGAAUUUUAUCAAAGGUGUUUUGUGCAUCUAUUAAGAUAAUCAUAUGGUUUUUGUCUUUAGUUCUGUUUAUGUGAUGAAUCACAUUUAUUGAUUUGUGUAUGUUGUACCAACCUUGCAUCCUGGGGAUAAAGCCAUCUUGAUUGGGGUGGAUAAGCUUUUUGAUGUGCUGCUGGAUUUUGCUUGCCAGUGUUUAUUGAGGAUUUUUGCAUCGAUAUUCAUCAGGGAUAUUGGCCUGAAGUUUUCUUUUUUUUUGUAUCUCUGCCAGGUUUUGGUAUCAGGAUGAUGCUGUCCUCAUAGAAUGAGUUAGGGAGAGGUCCCUCCUUUUCAGUUGUUUCGAAUCAUUUCAGAAGAAAUGGUACCAGCUCUUCUUUGUACUUCUGGUAGAAUUCAGCUGUAAAUCCAUCAGGACCUGGGCUGUUUUUGGUUAGUAGGCUGUUCAUCACUGCCUGAAUUUCAGAACUCAUUGUCUAUUCAGGGAUUCAGCUUCUUCCUGGUUCAGUCUUGAGAGGGUGUAUGUGUCCAGGAAUGUACCCAUUUCUUCUAGAUUUUCCAGUUUAUUUGCAUAGAGGUGUUUGUAGUAUUCUCUGAUGGUUGUUUGUAUUUCUGUGGGUUCAGUGGUAGUAUCCCCCUUAUCAUUUUGAUUGUGUUUAUUUGAAUCUUCUCCUUUUUCUUCUUUAUUAGUGUUGUAGGAUGAGGCGGAACCUAUGAACAGGCAGAGGCCAGAGAAAUGGUAUUUCCUUCUGUCAUUUUAUGUGAAGAAAAGUGCAUGAGCCCAUUUUCUCAUGGGUUGAUUUAUCUGUAACCAUAAAUAAGAAGUCCACCAUUUUGUUUUGUAGUCAUCCCCUUCAUAUGCAUCACUAAAAUACUUGCUUCCAGGAUAGAAGUUUACUCAAUAGAGAACAUAGAAUGAGAUUAAAUUUUAAGCUUCUGGUUAAUACUGUGAUCUUGUUUUCUUGUGUUUUAGUAGAAGAAUAUUAUCAUUGCCUUUAUCCUUACUGUGACGUAUGAAUCACUUCAAAGUGUACAACAUUAAGAAUGAGAAUCAUUGCCAGGCACGGUGGCUCAUGCCUGAAAUCCCAGUACUUUGGGAGGCCGAGGCAGGUGGAUCACCUGAGGUCAGGAGUUCGAGACCAGCCUGGCUAACAUGGUGAAACCCCAUUUCUACUAAAAAUACAGAAAAUUAGCCAGGAGUGGUGGUGUGCGCCUGUAAUCCCAGCUACUCAGGAGGCUGAGGCAGGAGAAUCGCUUGAACCCGGGAGUUGCAGUAAGCUGAGAUUGCACCAUUGCACUGCAGCUUAGGCAUCAAGAGUGAAACACUGUAUCACAUUAAAAAAAAAAAAGCACAUUCAGUGACCCCUCAACUUGCUCCAUAGCAAAGCACCUAGUAUUGGUAAAAUAAAUUGUUCCAAUCUGCUGUCUGUUUAAAAUAUUCCAAUGCCACCUUCCAUGUGUUACAUUGAGACCAAUAAUGAUGUAAAUUCAACAAAAUAAACCUUAUUUCUAGCCAGGCUUCCAGCACCAAUUAUCCAGGGGACAAUACUAUUUUUUCUGCUAGGGUUUGGUCUGUCCUAUAAAUUUCUUUAUUCAAUUUUUUUAUUGAUUAGAUUUUUUAUUGAAAAAGUAAUACAUGCACUUCAUACAGAAAGCUUCAGAGUACAAAAGCGUAUAAAAAUGAAAGCCAGUCUACUUCUGCACAUACAAACAUAUGUACAUAUAUGCAUCUUUCCUUAUAAAAAAGGGAGUACACCUGCACACCACUGUGAGUCUUACUUUUUAAAAUUUCAACAAAUUAAAUUGGGAAAUAAUUUCAUUUCCACACAUGUAGAUCAGUUUUGUUUUUUUAAUUGACUUAAUAUUAUUUCAAUAUGUGAAUAUACACUAAAUUUUUUAUCCUAUCUCUUAUAAUAGACAUUUGCCUUCAUCCCAUUUUUUUCAUUAAUGCAAAUAAUACUACAAUGGACACCCUUAUACUUGUAUACAGUUGCAUACUGUGCAAGUAUUUUCAUAAUAUACAUUUCUAGAAUGGGAAUUACUUAGUCAAGGAUAAAUACAUUUUUCAUAUUAAUAGAUACUGCAAAAUUGUGCCCUCCAAAGAGGUUGCACCAGUUUAUUUAUUUAUUUUUCUUUGUUUGUUUAUUAUACUUUAAGUUCUAGGGUACAUGUGCACAGUGUGCAGGUUUGUUACACAGGUAUACAUGUGCCAUGUUGGUUUGCUGCACCCAUCAACUCAUCAUUUGUAUUAGGUAUUUCUCCUAAUGCUAUGCCUCCCACAGCCCCCCACCCCCCUAGAGGCCCCUGUGUGUGAUGUUCCCCACCCUGUGUCCAUGUGUUCUCAUUGUUCAACUCCCACCUAUGGGUGAGAACAUGCAGUGUUUGGUUUUCUGUUCUUGUGAGAGUUUGCUUAGAAUGAUGGUUUCCAACUUCAUCCAUGUCCCUGCAAAGGACAUGAACUCAUCCUUUUUUAUGGCUGCAUAGUAUUCCAUGGUGUAUAUGUGCCAUGUUUUCUUAAUCCAGUCUAUCAUUGAUGGACAUUUGGGUUGGUCUUUGCUAUUGUGAAUAGUGCCACAAUAAACAUAUGUGUGCAUGUGUCUUUAUAGUAGCAUGAUUUAUUGCGGAUUUUCUCAUCGAUGUUCAUCAGGGUAUUGGCCUAAAAUCUCUUUUUUUAUUGUGUCUCUACCAGGCUUUCAGGAUGAUGCUAGCCCCAUAAAAUGAGUUAGGGAGGAUUCCCUCUUUUUCUAUUGAUGGAAAUAGUUUCAGAAGGAAUGGUACCAGCUCCUUUUUGUACCUCUGGUAGAAUUUGGCUGUGAAUCC